AGAAUUGAACCUUUUAUUUCGUAUGCGAAGUAGAAGCCAGGUAGUCCCCAUUUGGUCCGGCACCUGCAGUUCUUGUAACCUACCUGCCUCGUUUACGGAUUGUGUUGUCUGUUUUCUAUUGUUCAGAGAUGCCUGUCUCCACGAGCAGAACACAUCUUCCGUCGGGCGCAACUCAUAACCUGCUGCAGAACCACCCCAAUCCGCCUUAUUCCAAGCAGAACUGGCUCCCGGGUCUUCAGGGAGCAUCAACAUGCGAUGUGGGAGAAACAGUGUCCCUCAAAUUCUCCAACAAGAAACAGGAGAAGUUUCAACUGAACUGCCGCUGCAACCACCAGAGAGGUCUUGGAGUCGUCGCUCAAAACCAAUCUUCCUCGUCCUCGACGCGGUUGCCGGUGGUUUUCGAGGAUGAAGUGGCAGAAGAAGAGGAAAGGGAUGACUCGGAGGUACAUUUUCGACUACACCCGUAUUUGUAUUUGAUCAGGACCACUGUGACUGCUAGGUCUAGGACGAGGACGACGAGCACCGUUUGUAUGUAAUUCUGAUUUCAGAAGAUCAAGAUUCGAACCAUCAUUUGUCCUGUUAUGCAUAAAUUCCAACUGCCUCCGAUCUCUCUCCACCCAGGUUGAUGUAACCCACGAUCAACUAGCCCUUCCUUCUUCACCCACCAUGUCGGAACUGGAUCUGGUGAAAGAAGAAUUGGAAUUUGUGAACGGCGAGUUCCUUCGGGUGAAUGGGGAAUUGGAGGAAGUAACCGAGAAUUUCUGCUCCUGCUACCAGAAGUACGAACAAGCGGUGGAGGAGGUAGGAGAUUUGAAGGCGAAAUUGGAGGAAAAAACAAACUAUGCAUUGCAAAAGUAUCUCUAUCUUGAUACAUAGUAGUACAAAUCGCAUGCCAAAUUUUCUCAGCAUUAAAUUUAAAAACGCAGUUUGUAAUGCUUAUCUACCUGGAAGAAUAGAAUUUGUCAUGCAUGUCUAGUACGAUUAGGAUUACUUUUACUACAAGUGCGAAGAUGCUUUUGCAACGCAUACAAACCGGAUAGCGGCGUUGGAACGAGAGUUGCAAGAGGUGAGGAGGAUAAAAGUGGAUAGUCCUAGCAGGAAUAACGAAGCGGCGGACAUGAAUAUUCAAGUGGAAGUAGACGAACUACAAGAACAAGCAGGAGAAAUAACCGGCGACGUAGUUAUUCCUCCGCCCCCCGCUUUUCUCUCCGGGGUCGAGAAGUUUGUCACGUGCAAGUGA